AUGAGCUACUACGGCAACUACUAUGGAGGCCUGGGCUAUGGCUGUGGAGGUUUUGGUGGCCUGGGCUGUGGCCGUGGCUGGGGAUGUGGCAGUUUCCGCAGGCUGGGCUGGGGCUGGGGAAGUUACAGAUGUGGCUGCUUCCGCCCUCGGUGCUAUGGAGGAUAUGGAUUCUCUAGCUUCUACUGA